CUCUACCGGCAUUUACGUUGCGUCAGCUGUCAGACAGACCGCCAAUUCAAACUGGAUUUCUUUUAAAAAAUCACAGAUAUAUGGAUUUAUCUCCAAAACGAGAUUUAGAGCGAUGCAUAUGAAAGAUUUCGCUGAUUGGUCUGCGCGGUUUCGACACAAGCAUUGGUGGAACAUCCAGCUCAUCACGGUGACCGUUAGUUCUCGAUUUUCAACCUCUAAGCAACAUAAAAUACAGCUAUUGUUGAGUAAAAGAGUCUCGAAUGAGGAUAGAUAACCUAUUAGACGGGGUUUGAAUCUUAUUUCGAUGCAAAUCUGUCCCGCAUCUUAACUGAAAUCGAUAGUCGCCGCUCCGAGUGGAAAUACGUGACCAGCUCCUUGUCCGAGAUCACACGUACACCAUACGAGUGUUUUUGUGUUUAGCCACCAGUCUGGAGAUCAGCCCGUGUAAUAUGCAUAAUAAAGGGUCGUUCGUCUCUCCGUUGCUCAGCGGUGUUUUCUGUCAGUGUCGCUCGGAGGAGUAUCAGGGCUCUGAUCCCGGUGGAGGUGGUGGUGACCGGACUCUAAGCUCCACGCUUCACGCAGCAUCAGUCUCCGAGCACGGCCACGAUGACUGCUGCGACUCCCCGCAUCAGUGCCCGGUAUGCGGCGGACCCGAGCAAGAGCAUCGGCUCAAGGUGCUCUUCCAGAUCCUGGAUGUCAACAGAGACGGGGGCAUCUGUGUCAACGACCUGACCAUAGGGCUGAAAAAGCUGGGCGUCCAUCGCACUGAACAUGAACUCAUGAAAGUCGUCAAGGCAGGAGACAAGGACUUGGAUGGCCAGUUGGACUUUGAGGAGUUUGUCCACUACCUAAGGGACCAUGAGAAGAAACUGAGGCUGGUCUUCAAGAGUCUGGACAAGAAGAAUGAUGGUCGAAUAGAUUCACAGGAGAUCAUGCAGUCAUUAAGAGACCUUGGGGUUCAUAUGUCUGAAGAACAGGCUGAAAAGAUCCUCAAGAGUAUGGAUAAAAAUGGUACAAUGACAAUUGACUGGAAUGAAUGGAGAGACUAUCACCUGCUUCAUCCUGCUGAGAACAUUCCUGAAAUCAUACUCUACUGGAAGCACUCAACGAUAUUUGAUGUUGGAGAAAGUAUGAUGGUCCCUGAUGAGUUUACAGCAGAGGAGAAGAAGACCGGUAUGUGGUGGAGACAUCUGGUAGCAGGAGGAGGAGCAGGUGCUGUGUCCCGUACCUGUACUGCACCUCUGGACCGCCUAAAAGUUAUCAUGCAGGUUCAUGCGUCACGCAGUAACACCAUGGGUAUCACCAGAGGAUUCGCCCAAAUGAUCCGUGAGGGUGGACUUCGAUCACUAUGGCGAGGGAAUGGCAUGAAUGUUGUGAAGAUUGCACCUGAGUCUGCUAUCAAGUUCAUGGCCUAUGAGCAGAUUAAGCGGCUGAUUGGCAGUAAUCAAGAAACAUUAGGUAUCCUGGAGAGAUUUGUAGCUGGGUCUCUUGCUGGAGCUAUUGCUCAGAGCAGCAUCUACCCCAUGGAGGUUUUAAAAACUCGACUUGCCCUGGGAAGGACGGGCCAGUACACUGGUAUCGUGGACUGUGCUAAAAACAUAUUUAAAAAGGAGGGUCUGGCAGCUUUCUACAAGGGUUAUAUUCCCAAUGUGCUGGGUAUCAUCCCUUAUGCUGGAAUAGACCUGGCGGUCUAUGAGACUCUAAAGAACUCGUGGCUGCAGAGGUUUGCCAUAGACAGUGCUGAUCCGGGCGUGUUUGUACUUCUAGCUUGUGGUACAAUGUCUAGUACUUGUGGACAGUUAGCCAGCUACCCCUUAGCCUUAGUGAGGACACGCAUGCAGGCUCAAGCUUCUGUGGAAGGCAGCCCUCAGAUGACCAUGAGUGGUCUCUUCAGGCACAUUGUACAGACAGAGGGCGCUAUUGGACUCUAUAGAGGCUUGGCACCCAACUUUAUGAAGGUUAUUCCAGCUGUCAGCAUCAGCUAUGUGGUGUAUGAGAACCUGAAGAUCUCCCUUGGCGUCCAAUCCCGGUGAGGGGAAUCAGAAGACUAAUAAAUCCUUAAUGAUUUUUUGGUUUUCCUCUAAUUUUUUUUGGACUAAAGAAAGAGAUUGUCCAAGAGGGCCAGUUUGUACUCAAGAGGAAGUGUAGCAUCAGUUGGCCAAGAAAGAACUUGCAUACUGGGAAGGGGAAACCUUUGUGUCAAAGACCUGAGGUUUACUUGGAUCAAUGAAUGACAAAGCAACUGGAAUAUAUAAAAGUAGGGACAUCAUUAAAAGCAUAGAAAGACUGAGAUAAAAUUGAUAUCUCUACAUAAAAUACAAUCAUAGCUGUGAGUAAAAUGUGGCAUUCCAAAAUGGGGUCUGUAUUGAAUUGCAACACUGCCCUUUCCCACCCCUGAGGACAUAUGAAAGGUCAGGGUUUUUUGUUCUCUGGUCACAAGUUGGUGUUUGCUGCUUUUUUAUUAUUAGGGAGCAAUAAUAUGCAAGACUUCUGCUUUAAAGGCUUUAAAGUUAAUCCACAAAUGAAUAUUUUGCCAUCAUUUACUCACCAUCAUGUUGUUUCAAACCUGUAUGAAUUACUUUUUUCUGUGAAACACAAAAGUUUUUUGAAGAAUGUUGAUGGUGCUCUUUUCCAUACAAAGGAAGAGAAUUGUGACUGUCAGUCAAAAUAAUUCUGCCUUAGAUCUCCUUUUUUGUUCCAUGGAAGAAAUAGAUUCUUGGUGCAACAUGAGGGUGACAGAAUUGUCAUUUUUGGGUGAGCUAUGCUUAAGCAAGGGCCAGACACCUGAUAGAUUCAUAGAGCAAGAUUUAGUAAAGCAUUUAGUACAUGCAAUAUAUAUAUAUUGUUGCGCAACGGGAAUUUUGGCGCCAAUUUACUCACUACUAAAUAUUUGAGCGUUGCGCCCUUAAAUUUAGCUAGAAUGUAACCCUAUGUAUAAACAAAAUAUUUAUGGAAGCCUCUGACCAGCAGUAACGGAUGGGAUUAAAAAAAAGCAGACUCAAUUAAUGACAUCAAUGAGCUCAUGUUUUGUUUGACAGGCUUCAGUCCUUUCCACAUAUAUGAUGGCGUUGGCAUUAACACUCGUUUACAUUUACGGGAGAAAACAUUAUGUAAAAAGCUUAACCUCUUCAGCAUGAAACAGACCUAAUGGUGCACUAUCCUGUGUACUCCGCCUAGUGUUAAUUUUCAACAUAUCUGAAAUAGGUAUUAAAAUGAAUAAAUGUCUAUUUUUCCAGCCUGUUGUAUUAGUAUUUAUUUAUAGUCCCUUAUUAAUUUUAGAUACAGUUAUUGAAUAUUGUUAUUUAUAUACGCUAAAUAUUUUAUUAAUGAAAUCUUGUUUUAUUACAUAUCGUAUUUCAAUGGGGAUAUCAUUUAUUACAGCUGACAAUUAUGAGUAGACACGAGUUUAACACUUUGGUGUUCAAAUUUGAAGGCUGUUUAUUGGAUCAAUACUGGUAAACUUCAUUUUAUGCAACUACAGAUCACUUUACAGAGAGCUUACGACCUACUAGUUAAGUCUUGCCUUAAGAACAGGUGGUGCAACAAUUAUGAUCUGACUUCGUUACAAACUAACUAAUAGUUACUAUGCGCUUAGUGUGAACUUUACGUCUCAACUUAAGUGAGACCCUACAUACAGCUAGUGCAACCCUACCCGUAUCACUGAAUCAUCAUUAGGAAUGACAAGUUUUAGUGACACUAUGUUAUAGGUAUUGCCAACAUAUUUAGCAUUUUGUUUAUAUAAUUUAUUAUUAUAAUUAUUAAUCUGAUGUCUCUACUUUUAAUAUUAGAUUUGUUGAUAUGCCAUUGUCUCAGAUUAAAAUGUUAUGUGUUUUAGAAUGUGUAUGACAAGUAGAAUACAGGGAAAUAUUGAAUAAUUUAAAGAUUGAUGUGUCUUGUCCAUCAAAUGGUCCAAAUAAUAUUGUUGAGGACCUUUUGUUAUUUCAAUGUUAAUUUAUUUUUCUAUGUUGUUUAUUUAAUUUUGAUUGAUAUGGUCAAUAUAAAAGUAAGACUCCAUAAAUUAAAAAAAAUCUACAUUUGCACACACGCUCCAUGUGUUAGCAAAAAAGUGUUUUAUUCAUCAAUAUUGUUGCUUAAAGCAAUAGUUCGCAUAAAAUUUAAAUUCUCAUCGUUUAGUCACCAUUAUGCCAUCCCGGAUGUUUGACUUUUCUUUCUUCAGCAGAACAAAUUUGAAGAUUUUUAGAAGAAUAUUUCAGCUCUUUUGGUCCAUACAAUGCAAGUGAAUGGGUGCCAAAAUUUGAAAGCUCCAAAAAUCACAUACAGUAGGUCAGCAUAAAAGUAAUUCAUAUGACUCUAGUGGUUAAGUCAAUGUCUUCAGAAGUGAUUUGAUAGGUGUGGGUGAGACUCAGAUCAAUAUGUUAGUAAAUUUUUACUAUAAAUUUUUCUCCCUGCCCAGUCAAUCUCCACUUUAACUUUCAGUUUCAGAUUCUUCUUGUGUUUUUGUUGAUUCAUAUUCUUCAUGCAUAUGCCCCCUACUGGGCAGGGAGAAGAAUUUCCAGCAAAAAUGGACCUUAAUAUUGAUCUCAUUCUCACCGACACCUAUCAUACCACUGAAGGUCUUAUGGAUUAUUUUAUGCUGUCAUUAUGUGCUUUCUGGUGCUUCAGAGGUCUGGUCAACAUUCACUUGCAUUGUAUGGACAUACAGAGCUGAAAUAUUCUUCAAAAAAUCUUCAUUCGUGUUCUGCAGAAGAAAUAAAGUCAUACACAUCUGGCAUGGCAUGAAGGUGAGUAAAUUAUGAGAGAAUUUUCAUUUUUGGGUGAUCUAUUCAAAUUCAGCUGCUUUGGGACAGAUUAAGUCCUGUUGUAGAUCAAGUUAAAUCCAUUUUUUCUGUUUAGUUUAAAUUUGAUGUAAUAUCGUGGGUUGAGUGCUAUGUCUAUGUUGAUACUGUCCAUUGUUGAAUUCGAGAAAGAUGUGCAACUAUAUCAUUUGUCUUAUAUAUUUUUUUUAAAUGUGUUCAUUCAGAAAUGUGUUCAUACCAGUAUUGGUUUGCAAGGAAUUCAAACAUCAAUAUAAUGCUCUUAAACUCACUUCUUGUCAAGGAACGUAUUUAAGCACUUUAUUUUAAUACAAAUAAAUCAGACUUGAAUUUUCCAUAGAAGGGUUUACAGUGGAAUGGAUUAAUAGUGUUCAGUAGUUGCAGUAUUUGUGAUAAAGUAGACAUUAUUUUCAGCAUUUAUGCUUAAUGUAUCAGUUUUAGGGCAGGUUUCAGGCGUUGUAAAGAAAACACUACAAAAGUAUCUUUGUUUUUGACUGGGACAUGUGAUAUAAUGGGUCUACUUUGCAGCAGGAGAUAAAUAUUUUAUAUAUUUGGAGAUGGCAUAAUUCAGGAUGGGUACCCAGAUGUUUAGAAUGUACAUUUUGAUGAACAAUGAAAAUAAAAAUGUG